CAUUCUAACUUAAUAUAUUCUAACUUCUUUAUUUUCACUUCGAACUUUUAUUUUGACUCAUGACUACACCGGAAGUACUUUUGUCAUGUGCAUAGUGUGGUUCUCAGUGCGCAUCAACGUUAUCUAUUAUUAUUAGAAAUAUCGAUGGAUACUGAAUAAGUCAUUCUCAAUUAAGCAUAAAAUACACCAUAAGCAUGGCUACAAAACGUAAAGCGGAUGUGACUGUGCCUGCAGAAGAGAGUGAUCAACUCCUCAUAAGACCACUAGGAGCUGGUCAAGAGGUGGGCAGGUCCUGUAUCAUCCUGGAGUUCAAGGGCCGUAAAAUCAUGCUGGACUGUGGCAUCCACCCUGGAUUGGAGGGCAUGGAUGCAUUGCCUUACAUUGAUUUGAUAGACCCAGCUGAGAUUGACCUGCUCCUCAUCAGCCAUUUUCACUUGGACCAUUGCGGAGCCUUGCCAUGGUUUUUACAGAAGACAAGUUUCAAAGGAAGGACUUUCAUGACCCAUGCCACCAAAGCCAUUUACCGCUGGUUGCUUUCAGACUACGUGAAAGUCAGCAACAUCUCAGCGGAUGAUAUGCUGUACACUGAGACUGAUCUAGAAGAAAGCAUGGACAAGAUUGAGACCAUCAACUUCCAUGAAGUGAAAGAGGUGGCCGGCAUCAAGUUUUGGUGCUACCAUGCAGGUCAUGUUUUGGGAGCAGCCAUGUUCAUGAUUGAGAUUGCAGGAGUGAAGCUACUGUACACAGGAGAUUUCUCCCGUCAAGAAGACAGACAUCUCAUGGCAGCUGAGAUUCCCAGCGUCAAACCAGACAUUCUGAUCACAGAGUCUACAUAUGGCACGCACAUCCAUGAGAAGAGAGAGGAGAGAGAGGCUCGUUUCUGUAACACGGUCCAUGACAUAGUGAACCGUGAGGGCCGCUGUCUCAUCCCCGUGUUUGCUUUGGGUCGAGCCCAGGAGCUGCUGCUCAUUUUAGAUGAAUACUGGCAGAAUCACCCUGAACUCCAUGACAUUCCUAUCUACUAUGCCUCAUCCCUGGCAAAGAAGUGCAUGGCUGUGUACCAGACCUAUGUGAACGCCAUGAACGACAAGAUCCGCAAGGCCAUCAACAUUAACAACCCGUUUGUCUUCAAGCAUAUCAGCAAUCUUAAGAGCAUGGACCAUUUCGAUGACAUUGGCCCUAGUGUGGUGAUGGCAUCUCCAGGUAUGAUGCAGAGCGGUCUUUCCAGAGAGCUUUUUGAGAGCUGGUGCACCGACAAGAGGAACGGUGUCAUCAUAGCAGGUUAUUGUGUGGAAGGAACGCUCGCCAAGCAUAUCAUGUCUGAACCAGAGGAGAUCACCACCAUGUCAGGACAGAAGCUUCCGCUGAAGAUGUCCGUGGACUAUAUCUCCUUCUCUGCUCAUACGGACUACCAGCAGACCAGCGAGUUCAUCCGAGCUCUGAAACCUCCUCAUGUGAUCCUGGUCCAUGGAGAGCAGAAUGAGAUGGCUCGACUGAAAGCUGCCCUGAUUAGGGAGUAUGAGGACAAUGAUGAGGUUCACAUUGAGGUGCACAACCCUCGUAACACUGAGGCCGUCACGCUGAACUUCAGAGGAGAGAAACUGGCUAAGGUGAUGGGCUCUCUUGCGGAUAAGAAGUGUGUGCAGGGUCAGCGGGUCUCUGGCAUCCUGGUGAAAAAGAACUUCAGUUAUCACAUCCUCGCUCCCUCUGACCUCUCCAAUUACACUGAUCUGGCCAUGAGCACAGUGAAACAGACUCAAGCCAUUCCCUUCACCGGCCCUUUUCCCUUGCUUUUGAGUCAGCUACGGCACCUGACAGGUGAUGUGGAGGAGAUUGAGAUCUCAGAGAAGAGCACGCUGAGAGUCUUUAACAGCAUCACAGUGGUUCAUGAUCAAAACGUGGUCUUGUUGGAGUGGUUUGCCAAUCCUCUGAAUGACAUGUACGCUGAUGCCGUCACCACAGUGGUGCUGGAGGUGCAGUCAAACCCUAAAGCUCAGAAAGUUCUUCAGCCCCAAGAAAAGAAGGUGGAUGUGAAUGUUUUCCAGAACAGAUUACUGAAAAUGUUCCAAGACAUGUUUGGAGAAGAAUGUGUCGACUUUAAAGACAAGAACUGUCUCGCUGUAAGUGUAGACGGGAAAAUUGCCUUCAUCAACCUGGAAACCCGAACCGUGGAGUAUGAGGAGGCCAAUUCUGAAGAUGAUUCUCUCAGAGAAAUGGUGGAGCUCGCUGUACAGAGGCUGUAUGAAGCCAUGAACCCUGUCAUGUGAUGAGAUGGGCUCUUCAUUUCCUUAAAGAACUUUUGUUAUCAGGGUCCAUCUAAUUUGAACUACUUCAACCAGACUGAAGACACCAGAUACUAGACUGGACGAACCAUUGAACUGACGUUAAAAUCAAAUGUAAAACAGUUAAAGGUAAAUGUUGAUACAUGUGUGCAGUCUACUGCAGUUCUGUUUUCAAUUCUGCUACAUACAAUGUGUAGUGAUCAUUUAAAAUCUUGUUUUUGUUUUUUAUUGCACAUUUUUAUGUUUAGGAAAAUGAGCUGUAAUUUCAGAUCCAAUCUACUGAUUUAAUAAAAGAGGUAUUUGAGUCAA